CAUCAGAGCGGAUCCCACUCUGUUUUCUUUCUCGUCAGGCACUAUCGCAGCUUUCCUAGACAACCAGGUCCUUUAACGUUCGUUUCCGUAAACAGAGCUAAGAGCAGCUAGCUACAUACACACCGGAAGUAAAACGCUUUUUUGUCGUUCAUCGACACUAUUUUUGAUGUAUUUUGUACUUUUGACUGUUUUCGCGUGUUUAUCGACAUUUCAUUGUUUUAUCCAAAAAGAUGUGAAGAAGAACGAGAGCCACUGCGGCCUCCUAAAGCAGUGGCUUGAAUCCUCCCUAGUUACCAUGGAGAUCACCAAGACGGGUUUUCACAGGGAAGUGGUCACCACCGUUGUGCUCAGCCCAGGUGUGCUCAGCCCAGGUGUGCUCAGCCCAGGUGUGCUCAGCCCAGGUGUGCUCAGCCCAAGUGUGCUCAGCGGGGUCAGAGUGGUGCUGGUUCAAAGGUGGCCCAGAGGCGUCUACGUGGAUCCGUACCAACUCGCAUCUUUGAGUGAACAAAGCAAUUGGCAGAUAUUAAUAGAUUCAGCCAUUGACCUGGAGGUGCCUGCUCACAAAACAGAGGGAUUUGUCACAUAUGUGUAUCCCGCCCUUGACGGACCAACUCCGAGACUGAAAGUAACGAUUCCCAUCCACGGUCGCUACCACAAGCCUUCUUACGAUGGCUUAACGUUCACAUCCGUAGAAAUAGAACAUCCAGAGCUGCUGCUGCGGACUGAAAAAUGUCCGCAGCUCAACAACGUGGAGCCUCAUGCGGUCGUGGACGCCCCCUGCACUCAUGACAAUUCGAGCAUGUGUCCGUGGGUUAAACUCCAGCAGCAGGAGCGAGGCCCCACGAGGGUUCAGUUACCGGUAGGCGACGGGUCUUUGGUGGCGCCCGUGUGCGGUGGAACCCUCCUGGUCACAAUGCUGUGCUGCGCCGCUCUGUCCAAACACAUGUGGGAGCACCGCAUCAUGUAAACAGAGAGAACGUACCUCUCAUCAAACACUUCAUGGUCCCGGAGUUCUCCAGUUCUGUCUGAUUCCAGGAGCGUCCACUGGGCUCCAAGUUUACAUAAAACAUCAAAAGGCCAUAAAGAAAAUAACACGACACAGACUCGAUCUCUAGUGAUUUUUGCACAAAUAGUUUCUCUCAAUAUGUUUUUUUAAUUUAGCAAGAAGGGAUAUUGAUCUAGAAUGAUCCAUUUAAUGGUUAUCUCCGUCUUCAAAUUUAAUUGCUGUAGAAUUCCAUUAAGCUGUAAUGAAAAUACUAAAUAAAUACGAUUACAAUAUGUGCAAUAUAUAUAAAUAUGAAGAUGUAUAGAAUAGAAAUAUAAUGGAAAUAUGAAAUAAAAUGCUGUAAAAAAUA